AUGAAAUUCUCUACUGUUACUGCCUUUGCAACCAUUGCUGCCCUUGUUCACGCGGACACUACUUCAGAUGGUGUUACCUACGUCGAUGUCACCACCACUCCUCAAAGAACGACAUCCAUGGUCUCCACCGUAAAAACCACUUCUACACCAUACAUCACAAGUACUAUUGCUACCUUAUCUACUCAAUCUGUCAGCAGCCAAGCUAAUACAACUACUCAAGGCAUCAGUACAUAUGUCGGCGCUGCUGUUAAGGGUUCCAUUGCCGGUCUGGGUGCCAUAGUCGGUGCUGCUGCCUUUGCCUUGCUAUAG